UGUCAGUGAUAGUUUCCGUGAUUGUGUCUGCAGCCAUCAGCUUUGUCACCAUGCUUCACAUGAUGGCCUCGUUUAGAAUAAACUUGCUGGCGAUGUACCGAAGAGACUACUCGCACAUUCCUCCUCCUCAUACAAAGAGUGCCACAUCUUUGUGUACUGGAAGUAUUAAAUAUGGAGGCUUCCAAGUGGCUUAUAUUGUGUGGGCAUUUGCAAUUACUAGUUUUCUCCUAUUCAUCGUUUGUAUGACAUUGGCUGGCUGCAUCGUUCUACUGAUGUUUGGAGUCAGUGAUUGGCUGGUCAACUUACUCUCCCAACUCUGGCCAGGUAUAGUGUCUGCCAUAUGUCUAUCUGUGGGGCAGGGGCUUCUAGCCAAGUACGUGUUCCUGCAGGACAGAGGGCAGCACUUACGUCUCGACAACAGGCGUUUCUACUUUGUGUUUGUGUACUUCAUGUUCUUCUACAACAUCUUCCUGGGUCUCUUCUCGUGUUUGAUGAGGAUCAUCAAAGCCAUGGCUGUGGGAGCAGUCUUCCUGUCCAGACUGGACAACAGUACACUUCCUCGCAAGUUUGAGUUCUUGGAUCCUGGUUUUUCUGCAUAUCAGGGUUACAUUCAUAUGGAAGCAGCACACACGCACCCUGUGGUCAAUGUGUUUAUACGACUUCUGAUGGCACUGAGUCAGUCUAAAAAGAUGCACAAAUCUGAAGACAAUGAUGUGGAAAUGUCUUUCCUGCCAGAGACUGUUGAAAAUGAUGCUGAAAUUGGUGCCAAUGAAAGUGGCACAGACAAACAAAAACCAAUUAACACUGCUGCCAGAUUUAAUUGGUAUCUCAUCUACACACUGCUUCACAAUCCUACGGUGAGAAUCUACAGAAAAGGUUUCAUCCAGGCGAUCAAGAAGGCAAGAAAAGAGGGCCUAAAAAUUCCAAUCAGCGACAAGCCAAUCACAGACUUUGAACUAGCCAAAGCUCAAGAAAAUCAGGACAGACAGAAAGAGGAAGAGACAAAGAAGAAUUCAAGAAGUGGGCAGCAUGGAUUGGUUGCCAUAGGGACAACAUUUGAGGGUACUAUUGAUAGUGACGUUAAAUACAAUUUCGGUGAAGAGAAAUGCUGA